UUAUUUGCUCGGUGGGUGCGGAAGAAAGAGGCUGCAGAAGGAGAGCAAGGUGUUCUGAGCUCUGAGUCUUUUUCGGAUCGGUGUCGGUAUCGCGAGUGGGUUUCGAGAUGAGUCAAAGCACAGAAACGUGGAGGCUGGUGAACUUCAAGGAGCACAGCUGGUAUCAGUACAGCACUUUGGGCAAAAAGAACUUCCACAGCCGCUUCAUGCAGAAAGACGGAAGCUGCAACGUGUACUUCAGAAACAUAUUAAGCGAAUGGGAAAGCUACGUAGCGGACAUCUUUACAACCUUGGUGGACAUCAAAUGGCGUCACAUGUUGAUCAUAUUCUCCUUGUCUUAUGUUCUCUCUUGGCUGCUGUUUGGAUUUAUAUUCUGGAUCAUAGCCCUUCAACAUGGAGACUUAAGCAAUUUGGAGGCGACCCCGUGUAUCGACAACGUGCACACGUUUGCAGGAGCGUUUCUGUUCUCUUUGGAAACCCAGACAACCAUUGGGUAUGGUAACCGCUGUGUGACGGAAGAGUGCUCUUCGGCUAUUAUUCUGGUAACGCUUCAAUCGGUCCUGAGUUGCAUAAUCGAUACGUUCAUCAUCGGCGCGGCUAUGGCAAAGAUGGCAACUGCGCGGAAGAGAGCGCAGACCAUCCGCUUCAGUUUUUUUGCCCUCGUAGGCCUGAGAGAUGGUAAACUCUGCCUCAUGUGGCGUAUUGGUGAUUUCCGAUCAAACCACGUGGUGGAAGGAAACGUUAGGGCCCAACUCUUGCGCUACAACGAAGAUCACGAGAAAGGCAUCACCUUGGAGUACAAAGACCUCAAAUUGGUCAACGACCAGAUAAUACUGGUCACUCCAGUAACUGUCGUUCACGUGAUUGACCAAGACAGUCCCUUGUAUGCUUUUGACCGUAAAGCUUUGGCUUCGGAUAGAUUUGAGAUCCUGGUCACGUUCAUCUACACAGGCGAUUCAACUGGAACAUCUCACCAGUCAAGAACGUCCUAUCUGCCGCGUGAAAUCCUCUGGGGGUUUAGAUUCAACAACAUCUUGCUGGCGAAGAAAAAAUAUUACAAAGUGGACUGUGAGCAGUUUGAGGAAAUGACAGAAUAUUAUGCACCUUUCUGCAGCGCAAAACAAUUGGACAUCAAUGCUCGACCGAGUAGCGCAUCUAUCGGCUCUCGACCAAAGUUCUUUGGUGAAGUUGCUUCUACAAGCUCAGUGGGCAAUGGCUUAUCCAACGUUGCUUCCACAAGUUCGAUGCCCAACAACCUGUUGCAUAUGAGGUCUAACACCUCCGUGCCCAGCGGGUUAGCCCACGUUGGAUCUACAAACUCAAUGCCCAACGGGAUAUCCAACAUAUCUCCAAGCAUAACGACCGUGUCGUCGCUCGGAACCGAAGACAGCAGAAACACAGACCACGAGGAAAGCGGCACAGUCUUGGCCAUCCAACACCACGGAGAAAAACGUCAUCGUAAAAUUACUGUAACCCCGAGUGAAAUCUCAUUGGAAUCCUGAAAACAAGACAACAGAGGUGUUUUUAUUAUGUGUCAUUAGACUGUAAAUAAAGGUGCAGCACAACACCAGCUAGUAAAGCACUUAUCCAGGCGUUUUUAAAGGCUUUUCACCGUGAUUCACCCAAUUAAAAUCAGCAUGACGGGUUUUAAAGGUGCCGAUCAUAAACAAGUUCUCAGAUACCUUUAAAAAACAACUAUUAAGGUGAAGGACUGAGACAUUAAAGACGGCAACGGCAGCAGUACCUGUGAAACCUUCUAAAAGAGCUCUGCUUUCUGUGCAACUUAGGCCUAUUGUCCUAAAACAAUCUUUCUGGUUCUGAACCCCCCCAAAAAAACUGUUUUUAUGUUAAAAUCGGGACCUGGAAAUGUCUGGACAGCGAGGUGGCCUCUCAGCGAGGGAUUAUUGGAAGACGAGAUCCUUUUAUUGUUAACACACACGUUUUUAAUAGUUUCGAAAAGGGUCAAAUGAAAUAUACCCAAGUUGCCGGUUAUUAAACCUAAAA